AUGAAUAACAUUCAUGAUGUUUUGUCUGGUAGGAGGUCAGAGAAAAUGGAUUUCAGAGACCCUCUACCAGAGCUAAUACUACCAGGGGUUAGGACGCAUUACCCUAGUAGUCAACCAGGACAAUACCCUAAUAGUAAACCAGGACAUUACCCUAAUAGUAAACCAGGACAUUACCCUAGUAGUAAACCAGGACAUUACCCUGGUAAUAAACCAAGACAUUACCCUAGCAGUAAACCAAGACAUUAUCCUAGUAGUAAACCAGGACAUUACCCUGGUAAUAAACCAAGAUAUUACCCUAGCAGUAAACCAGGACAUUACCCUAGUAGUAAACCAGGAUAUUACCAUGGUAGUAAACCACGACAUUACCCUAGUAGUAAACCAGGACAUUACCCUGGUAAUAAACCAAGAUAUUACCCUAGCAGUAAACCAGGACAUUACCCUGGUAAUAAACCAAGAUAUUACCCUAGCAGUAAACCAAGAUAUUACCCUAGCAGUAAAUCAGGACAUUACCCUAGUAGUAAACCAGGACAUUACCAUGGUAGUAAACCACGACAUUACCCUAGUAGUAAACCAGGACAUUACCCUAGUAGUAAACCAAGACAUUACCCUUGUAGUAAACCAAGACAUUACCCUAGCAGUAAACCAGGACAUUACCCUUGUAGUAAACCAAGAUAUUACCCUAGCAGUAAACCAGGACAUUACCCUUGUAGUAAACCAAGACAUUACCCUAGCAGUAAACCAGGACAUUUUUGUCGCUCUUAUCUAGAGAGAAUAAGGAAACACAAAAAUACCAGAUAA